GCCACUACAACUGUCUUACAAGGUCGCGAUGUGCAUUUUUACAAGUUAGAAAACCAAUCAUGCAUUUUUUUGGCCGCCGAAAUCGAAAUACCGUAAGUCGAAAUCUGAAGACUGUUUGUCUCCAAUGUUUAAUCGUGCUCCUACAUGCUCUUGAAUCCCUAGAAGUUACUUCCCAGUGACGAUAAUCACUCGUAAUCGUUUCAGCGUGUAUUCGUUAGCAUGUGAAAAGAAUGACGACCGACUGGUGGGAUGAGGUGAGUCUCGAUACAGCAGCGGAAUUUACGCCGAGUGCGUCUCUGGGAAAUCUUGUCUUUCAGGAUGCAGUGGAGGGAAAUGCAGAUCUUCAUGGAGGGGAGUUCGAACUCGUCAUGAAGAGGGAGACAACGCAGACACAGGAGACUACGCCGAAAAGGGGAGAUGUCUCAAACAGCGGAGAAGAAAUAAUUGUCGAUGGCUUUAGGAGUAACGCGAACGACGACCAUGAAGAUGAAGACAAUUUUUUCCGCUCUUACGUUUGCUCUGCGUUGUACGGUUUAUCAGAGGCAGCGCAAAACUACGUGAAUAUAGCACGACGCUGUGCACGAUGGGUGCGCGAGGUGAACCUUUGUUCCCAGGGGUUGCCGUUUGCCGAUAAGAUGGAAGCAACGACGCGCGCAGUUGGAAGCGAUCACGGCGUGUUCUGUGUGGCGGUUGCACGUGAACUCAACAGUACCUGCGCAGCGGUGAACCAUGCGUGGCGCCGGCUGGCCGUAGAUGAAGGCAAAGAGGCUGCGCUGUCUCACACGACGCAGAAAUGUUUCGAGGGCGACUGGAAUGCGUUGCAAAACAAAAUUGCCUCUUUCUGGAAGGUCUACGUGAAGUUAGAAUAUCUUGCCCGUUUGGAGAUUGCGCGUAUACUGCCUGGAACUCGGAUCAAAAGGACACCUUUUGGUCGAAAGUUUUUACUUGGACAGCAGCAGAUUUCGAGUAACAGCGAGAUACCAGUAAUAUCGGAAGUGAUUAGUAAAGGCACUAUAAAAACGCUGUUUCGCAACCGCGUGUUUGGUGAGCUGCCCUCAAUCACGUCUUUGUGGGCGCAAUUAGAAUCGCUGCUUCGUUCGAUUGCCGACUUGCGUUCCGGCUGUGUUUUGUGGUGGACUCUAUCAAGUUUGCAGCGUCGUUUGCAGAGCGGAUCUCAAUCUUUGCAGCGUUUAUUGGACGCAGAUCGGGGGUUGGCGCCAGUUCUGCAAGAAGCCGACAACACCCCCAGUAACUUAAAAAACCUUCUACUCGCGCAACGUGGUCUUUACUGGAAAAGCACCUCUAACGCAGUAGAGGUGUCCCGCCUGGAAUUUGAGGGAGAGCUGCUUUUGGCUGGUCUCAGGUCUGGUAACCUAGAAUUGGGAAAAAAGCAGUUGGAGCGGGCAAGAGCGUUCAUACAAGCAUGGGAACAAACGACUGGGUACGAACGCCGACGAAAGAACACACUCGAUGGACUAGCCGACGCUGGUACUGCUCCACCACAGGAUUCGGAGACCAAUGGAACUACCUGUAGUCAAAGCGACGAGAGUCAUAAUGUGACCUUCUACACAGAUCGGGGUAGCAAGAGGACUCAUUCAAGUGCCAAUUUCGAGGGACGUGGUGCUGACGGAACUGAUUUGAUGGCUGCACAUGACGCUAUGUUUUCGGUUACCGGAAUCAAAGCUCGCAAGGAGAGUUGCAAGGUCCUCAUGCCUGAAUUGAAACAAAUGCUUGCUACAAGGAGAGGCUGUGAAGAGUCAGAUGAUUCAAAUUCAGAUGAAGAUGAAAUUGAGAAAAGUUGCGAAAUUGAAGAUGCUAUUUGCAUGGGCGAAUGCGAAGUAGCACCGUCUUUCCUGUUGUCAUCAAACGCCAGAAAUAUUGAAUCUGGCAAUUACAAUUCUACAUCGGAUGAACCUUUAUCACCUGAUCAUGUACGCAGUCAUGCUACUGCGAUAAGAACAGAUGCUAGUAGUGUUGACCCAGGGGAUGGAAAUUUAGCACACGAUAAAAAGGACUUUGAUAGGCAGCACUCAAAGCUAAAUCCUCUGCUUGCGGAGAUGCGGUCUACUUUGAAAUGCAGAAUUUUACCAAAUCCAGAGCAUGUACUCGAAUAAAAUAG